CUAGGUUACAGUAGCAAUCUGCCCCAAACAACAACGAUUUCGCGCACAAUGUAUAUUCUUGUGUAAUAACGAUAAAUUUGGCUCUCGUCAACAGUCGCCACGAUUGAACGAGCAAAGAUGAGCCAAUUGUGUCGUUUGUGUGCAGAAGCAAAGUCUACUCACUCGUUUGUCGGUAUUUACGAAACGGAAGGCCGGCGGCUUGACGUCGAGGCUAAAAUCGCCAAAUGCCUUCGUAUCCAGGUAUUCAUAAACGACUGCCUACCACAGUACGUAUGUGUAGAAUGUUGCGACCAAUUAAACCAAUGCAGCGACUUCUACGAGAGAACGAAUCAAGCUCAAAUUGAUCUUCGUCGUAUGUUACUAGACCCACGCAAGGUCAAAGAAGAUCCACAAAAUAUUCCUGAGCCUGUACUCCAAGCAAGUGUCAAUUACAUUGAAAACACAGAAGUGGUGUUGUGUAAAGAAGAAGGUCUGGUGGAUUCUACUGGUGUUGACCAUUUUAUUGAAGAUAGUAACGAGGAAUUGGUGAAAGAUGAGACUUGCCAAAUAACUAAAGAGGUUGAAGAUGAGAGUAAGAGUUUGUCAACAACAGCUGUGGUAAAAAAAAAGACCAAGAAGAACAGUCAGGAAGACUCUGAGGAAUUGUUGUGCCAUGGAAUUGAGAAAGAGAAAAGCGAUCAGGAAAAUGGAAAGUCUAAUGUUAGAGUACCAGAUAAUUAUAUGACAGGUACAGAUUCCGACAUAGAGACUAUUGUUCUAGGCAGGAAAAACAAUAAUGUCAAGGCUGAGAGGAAGAAACCUAUGCGCAUGGAUAGGUAUCCAUGGCUAUGUACAGAUUGCAAUGAUAAACUGCCUAGCUUGGAGGCUCUGGAGGAGCAUCACAAGACGAUUCACAAUCAAAAGGCUAAGUACAUGUGUGUACAAUGCUGCAAAGUUUAUGAAAAAUACUACGGCUUCCUUACACAUGUAAAGAGACACAAGAACAAGUUGAAAUAUACGUGUGACCACUGUGGUAAAUCUUUUGUUCACAAGAAGGUUUUGGAGACACACAAAGCGACACAUAGCGAUCAAAGACCUUACAUUUGUAGAACUUGUGGUAAAGCUUUCAGACAACAAAGUGCUUUAUACAUUCACAGUAGGUGCCAUUUACCAGAAAAUAUGAAGAAUAGAUUUCCCUGUGAUCAGUGUGAUAAGAGUUUUUCUACAAAACCUAAUCUCGUAACGCAUAAACGCAUACACUCCGGAGUUCGAAACUUUACCUGCGAUCAGUGUGGUAAAAGUUUCAUACAGAAAGGCAAUCUAGAAGCUCACUUUUUAACACAUUCCACAGAUAAACCUUACAAUUGUUCUCAGUGUCCUAAAGCAUUUAAAACGCCAUUGCAAUUGAAAAAGCAUGAGACGGUACAUACGGGUGUUAAACCGCAUCAGUGUGCUGUUUGCGGGCGAACUUUUAGAGAAAAAAGUACACUUAGGGAACAUCAUAGAAUUCACACAGGUGCUAUGCCGUUCGAGUGCGAAUUUUGCGGCAAACAUUUCAGAUUUAAAGGAAUACUUACUACCCACCGGCGUCAACACACAGGGGAACGACCGUAUAGUUGCCAAGAGUGUCAACGACAUUUCACUAAUUGGCCUAAUUAUAAUAAACAUAUGAAACGACGACAUGGUAUUAAUACAUCUCAGUCGAAAAACUUGCAACAGCAGCAUCAGCAUCAGCAACAGCAACAGCAACAGCAACAGCAAAAUCAAGAGACUCAACAAAAGGUGCAAGAAUCACAGCCACAGCUUCAAUCACAAAUUCAUGUACAAACGUUUCAGAGUCCAACUGAACAUAUGGGAUUGUCGUCUGGACAUGCCACUGCCUCGACAGUUCAAGUGAUCCAAGCAGUACCGCACGUAACAGUAUCGACGCAACCAAUUGUCUUGCAAACUCUUCCUUCGAGUGCCUCGGUAACGGCAAUCCAAAAUUUCUCCGAGAAUAACGAAACAGUUUCAGUGUCGAGUACAGGUGUGACAAAUCAGAACCAUCAACGUGGAGGUUACUUCAAUGCCAUAUCCACGCCGCUGAGCAACUUUAUGCCAAGUAACUUGCCCUACAAUUUUUAUAAUAUACCUAAUGUUGGUGAAUCAGAUCUUAUACAUCAUAGAUAAACU